UCAGCUCAAAGUGUCAACAAAGCUCUGGAACAGUUUGUCAAGCCUGAACAGUUGGAUGGAGAAAAUGCAUAUAAAUGUAGCAAGUGUAAAAAAAUGGUUCCUGCAUCCAAGCGGUUUACGAUACAUCGGGCUUCAAAUGUCCUCACCUUGUCCCUCAAACGGUUUGCAAAUUUCAGUGGUGGCAAAAUCACGAAGGAAGUGAAAUACCCAGAAUAUUUAGAUAUCCGACCAUAUAUGUCUCAACCCAAUGGAGAACCAAUCAUUUAUGCACUUUAUGCAGUGCUAGUCCAUACGGGCUUCAGCUGUCACGCUGGACAUUAUUACUGCUACAUAAAGGCCAGUAACGGGCAGUGGUACCAGAUGAACGAUUCCACCGUUUCCAACAGUGACAUCAGGACUGUGUUAAAUCAACAAGCCUACGUGCUGUUUUACAUCAGAACCCAUGACUUGAAAAAUGGUGCCGAACACAUUCAUUCAGUCCAUACGCCGGGUCAGUCUUCACCCCGACCGGUGAUCAAUCAACGGGUGAUGAGUAAUAAGCAAAGCAAUCCUGGAUUUAUCGGAAAUUCGAAUCAUUUGAAUGGAACCGGAUCCCUGAAGGAAACCGCCAGCAGUACGGUGGCUAUUUCUAGUAACGCUUCCCUCGUCAAGUCUCCUUCGGCACCUUCCUUGUCCAUCUCCAAGUGGACCAUGAACCGGUCGGCUACGGCCACCACCACAGAUUCCUCCAAGAAGCCAAAACUCACCCUCAGUAUUCACAACAACAAGCUGCCGGCUCGCCAAAGCGUCUCUCACACCGGCUGUACCGUGGAGAGCCUCAGCAAGUCCGCCCCGUCCGCUACCAUUUCUAACCCCUCUGCAGUGCAAUCUACCUCAAGCACUUCUUCCACCGUCUCCUCGGCUGCUAGCCAAGCCUCCAAAGCGCCGGCCGCCGGCAAAUCCGGUUCCAAGCUGAUCAUGAACGGCAAAGCCAAGCACAGCCCUAGCAUCUUGGUCCCUUACGGGGCGGAAUCCUCCGAAGAAUCGGACGAGGGGGAAUCCAAGGGCCUGUUGAAAGAGAACGGCCACGUCAAAGUGUCCAACGGCGUUUUGUUAGAAGAGGCGGCCGGCGGGCUGGAGAACUCGUGCGCCUCCUGCCACAAGCCGGAAAAGGAAAGUCCUCAGCCCGAGUUGCCCCCAAACAUAACCGUCAUGGUCUCCAUUAGCCUCAACGAUGCCCCGAAGCAGAACGGACAAAUAAGCAACGAGCCCACCUCCCAAGGGAAGUCCGCGAAAUCGGCAGAUCACCCGUUUCCGAAAAGCAACGGAUUGCUCGGAAAGAGUUCUCCAAAAGCUUUGUCCUCAGUCCCUGAAGAGGACGUCCCGGAUUCCUUCAGAUACAAGCAGCUGCCCGGGGACUCCAGCAGCGCUCCCGAACCAGAAAAACCAAUGGCCGAAGACACCUCCGAAAAGGCCCCCGGUGCCCUUCCCAACAGUAUCCCAUGCCCCGUAUCACCUUUGGACCCCGACGUCACUCCAGCCCCCAAGGACCCUUGUGAAAGGAUUGCCCAGACAGAAGACGGACCGCUUGAAAACGACCGGCAGCACGGUUCCUCGGGGACAGAGGAAGCGGCCUCCCCAGGAGAAGGAGACAGUCAAAGCCUUCCUGAAAAGGCCGGAGUAUCCAAAGACGAGAAAGCAGCCUCGGAGAAGAGCCCUGAACCCACUGAAGGACAGGCAGGAUUGCCAGAAAAAGACGCCCAGAGCCCCGAAAUGAGGUUGGACGGUGAAUUUAGGCCCCCCCAAAAGCUAAAGACCCCCCUUCAGGCAGCUGAGACAGGUCCGGAAAGGCACGGCAGCCCUCCGGGCAAUAAGGACACCCCGUGUGCCGAGAAUUCUCCCCUUCCCCAACCCAAAACUCUUGCCGAGAGCCAGUGUUCAAAGACGGAAAGCAAACCGGCGGAUGGCGGCGAGCCGAUCCGAAGGAGCCUCGAAAAGCCGAGCUCGAGAUUCUCCCCGAAGGAAAAAGCCCACAAUUGCAAAAAAGCCGACCAAGAAUAUUAUCGUUCUAAAAGGAAGCGUUCUGAAACCGAGGAAGAGGAAGAGGAGGAGGAGGAAGCAGACGGGGCGGGCGGGCGGAGCCAAACCGACGGACACUGCAGCAAGCAGAGGUGCGCUUACAGUAGGGAGCGGGGAAAGCAGCAGGAGCAGCCCCGACGGGAAUAUCACAGCACCGGCUACUACAGGUUCCCGGGCAGUCCCGAUCCCGCCAGGAGUUUGGGCAAGUACCCUCCCUACAGAUCCCGCAGCAGGGGCCAAACGGACUCUGAACGGAGCAGGCCCAGUUACGGGAAAGGAGGCGAGCGGUCGUGGAGCAGGGAGCGGUACUACCAGGAAACGCCGAGGAGGUGGGACGUGUGCCGGUCGUACAGUUACUACUACUCGGCUUCCCACCUGCCCCGGCAUAACCAGGAGAGGAAGCCGACGCAUUCCGAGAGAGACUAUAGCAAAUCGAGUCAUGUUUACAGUAGCCCCUAUAAUAAGUACGAUUAUUACAAAAGCCGUUUGAGCCACAACCCCGAGAGGAAGAGGCGUUUUUCCCCGAGCCCCGAGGCCAGCGACUGCGCCCCCGAAAAGAAACACCCCAAAAUCUUGCCAGACCCUUCUCUCGACGAACAAAAGGGACGGAAGCGGAAGAAGUCGAAGAAGAAGAAAAAGUUAAAAGAUAAACACAAGGAGAAAGAGGCCAGGUAUCGCCAGGAUUCUGACCCAUCUCCCUCCAACUCUGAGGCCGAGACACACAAACACAAACACAAGAAGAAGAAGAAGAAGAAAAAGAAGCGGGCUAGGAAAUCGGAAGAGGGCGACGAGGCCUCCGCCCCUUCCCUCCCCAAGCCAGCCGCCCCGCAGCAGGUCAAGGAUUUCAAAAACUGGGAGACGCCCAAAUCAUCUUCCGAGGCUUGUCGGAAACACAGCCCCACAUCCUGCAAGGAAACCCCUUCCGCUGUUUGGCGGAAAGCAGAAUCCCUUGAAAGGAGUAACAGGGAUGGCUUCCACCCACAGAGGGAUCACAACAGUGAUCCGGAAUGUCCGUUGGAAGUCCAGCUUAUAGUGUAUUUAUAAACCGAGGGGGCCCCCCUGAAAAAAAAACCUAAAAACUCUUUAAUAUUCAUAAUUGGUGCUUCAGAAAAAUACUGUACAGGAUUUUAUCAUUGAAGAAAGCCCCUUUUCCUCCUCCUCCUCCUCUUCUUCUUCUUUUUUUUAGUUUUUACCUUGAGUCUUUCUUCUUUUUAAAAAAAAAACAAAAAAUUCUCCGCGAUUCCCCCAAACACAACAAGAGGACGGACACCUCCUUACAGAACAUUGCAACCAACCUCCCCGAUCUCCCGGAUCGUCCGUGUCACCGUGAGAAAGAACGCCCUGGAUCCGAACAUCUCAAAAAUGCUGCUGCUUCGUUCCACCACUCAGGUUGAAUAUGUUUAUAUAUUGUCCACGUGAUGUUUGCCUCCCGAGUCGAACCUUGUUUGCCGCGCGGGGGCCCAGGAACCUUCCCGAAUUUAAGCAAGCCUGCAACUGAUACAAGUGUCUAUUUAAUUUAAUUAUUUAAAACAUUUCACGGGCAACUUGGAUGUUUGCGAGAGAGAGAGAGAGGAAGAAAAGAGAGAGAGAAAGAGAGAGAGAGCGCGCCUCGGUUUAUUUUUUUCCUUCCGAUGUCUGCUACUAGAAACUCCCACGUCAAUUUUUCCUCCCGUUGGGAUUCCCGUCUUUGGAGUUUUGUGAACUGCGUGCCGUUCAGACGCUUGGCCGUGUUAUUUUUGUUUCCUUUUGAAUGUAUCGUGGGACGUGUCCGAAGAUUGCUCGACGAGUCCGAGGACGGGAGAUUGCAGAGGGUUUGAGCAGCCCGUGCAUUGUGGGGAAAGGCUUCCGCGUCCGUUUCCCCCCACUCGAGUGUCUCCUUCUGUGGGUGUUUUUCUUCACCCAACCUUUGCAGGAUAUGCGCCUUUCGGAACCGUCGCCUGCGAAAGCCACUCCUUUCGUAUUUCUGGCCCUAUCCUUCCUUUUCUGCUUUUCUUCCCAUCCUCUGCCUUGGCCCUUGGGCAUCUUCUUAACCUCUCUCGCAGAGUUAUUAUAUCGCUCAGGUUGUCCUGUAUCUGGACUUCUAGCCUGCCCCCAGAAGUAAGCGAGGAAAAACAGAUGCCGGGAUCUCUAGUAUCCGCCUGGAGAGGAGCCGUUUCCAUUUUUAUUUUUUUUAAAAAUCCGCCUCCGUUUUUUACUGCAUUAAUUUUUCAAUGUAGCGAUGUUACGUCCUGACCGAUCUCGGCUGUCCGGUUCUCGAUUUCCUUCCAAGUUUCUAGUUACAGACAACGUUCAUACUGUGAUUUCUUUCUCUUUGUUUCUCUUUUUUUUUUUAAUUUUUAUUAUUAUUAUUUUUUUAAUGAUGAAAUGCUAUCAAACUGUGAUACACUUAAUUCACUGGUCCUGCAUCAGGAGACAAGAGUGGGGAAAACUGUAUUAAAUACAGUUCAUCUGAAUAAUCUGUCUGAUUUAUACAAGCUGCGUUGUUCAGAGAUGUCUAUAAAGUUUGAUCUUUGUUUUUUUAAAGAUAAAAAAAGCACUUACCCCACUUGUAAAUAUAUGGCAUGUAAAAUUUAUAUAGUAUAUAAAUCCGAGAAAUCAAAUCAAACAAUGUUUCUGUUGUUAGUUCAGUUAUAUCUGGCUGUAG